AUGUCUGAGGCUGAGUUUCAAAAAGCCGCAGAGGAGGUCAAACAGCUGAAAGCGAAACCGACAGACGCUGAGAUGCUGGAGAUUUACAGUCUGUACAAACAGGCCACCAUAGGAGAUGUAAACACCGCUCAACCCGGUUUGUUAGACUUUACUGGAAAGGCCAAAUGGGAUGCCUGGGAGGCAAAGAAAGGUAUGAGUAAGGAGGAUGCUGUGAAAGCAUUCAUUGCUAAUGUUGAAGAGCUGAAGGUGAAGUACGGAAUCUAA